AGUUAAUUUAAGGGUCAAAUGGCCUGACAACACACAGGAUACACAGUGCUUUGGUGGUAAAUUGAAUGUGUCGGAGCCCGAGUCUAAACCCUCCCGUUAUUUAUUCUCUUCUGUUUGAAGCUGGCCGCAGAGAAAUUUAUUGGAAAUACAUAUCUCACAGAUUGCUUCAGUGAGUGAAGCUGAAAUGCAGUGGCUGUAGACGGGUAAUGUAGAUGUUUUUUUCUACUAGUUCCCAGAACUGCUUAAUGAUAUCUGCUAGCUGUAUCAGAACAAACAAAGAAAAUGUCAUACAUGUCCAAACUUCCUGCUUCCUGGAAAGAUGAACUGCCACCUCGAAAAGUGGAAAUUGACCUGACUUCACCAGGAUUAGCUGUGUUUGAGCUGGAACGACUGUUAUUUACAGGAAAAGCCCUCAUCAGCCAUGCAGAUGAAGUGUGGCCUAGACUUUACAUCGGUGACCAAUACAGUGCAGAGAACCUGGCUGACCUAUCCAUGCAUAGAUUUUCUCACAUCCUGAAUGCAGCUCACAGUAAACGAAGAGGACAGCCAGAUAUCUAUGGGGGAAUGAACAUCUCCUACAUGGGGAUAGAGGGCCGUGACUCCUGUGACUAUGACAUGAGCUUCAACUUCCAGGCGGCAGUAGACUUUAUCCACAGCGCAUUAAGCAGAGGAGGCAAAGUUUUAGUGCAUUGUCAGGUUGGAGUUAGCCGUUCUGCCACCCUGGUCCUGGCUUACCUGAUGCUGAAGCAAGGCCUGACGCUUGUGGAGGCUAUUUGUGCAGUGAAAGACAAGCGUGGCGUGAUCCCAAAUCGGGGUUUUCUUCGACAGCUCAUCAAACUUGAUGUGAAGCUCUUUGGCAAACACCACUGAACCCUGAGCAUUACUUUUAUUCUCUAGUAUGUACAGUAUGUGCCUGGUACUUGUACUGGUACUUCUGGAGCAUUCCAAAUAAACUCCACUAGAGGUCCACCUGUUUAUUUUAUUUCUACUGCUUGUAAAAAAACUGGAUUUUUAAAAUAUAUAUAUAUAUAUAUAUAUAUAUAUAUAUAUAUAUAUAUAUAUAUAUAUAUACACACUUGUGAAAGGUGAAAGUUGUUGGAAAGUCUGGAGUUAAACAUUUUAGUAUAAUAUAAACUUUAUGUGCAGGAAUACUGCACAGAUGUUUUAAAGUUAUAUUUUUUAACAAAUACAAUGAUAUCUGGGAAAUUAAAUUUGUGUUUAGCCUAGUUUGGUUUUUUCAGAGUGCGUAAGCAAUUAAAUUUAGUCCUGUGAACAAUAAAGAUCUAGCAAGCUCAAAAACGUUUUCAACAGAUGUGAUACAAAUCCUUUAUUUCUUUCAUGUUUUUUGUUUCUUUAUAAUCUUACUUAAUGCUUAUUUUUGAACAUAAUGAUUCCUGACCCCCUUAAUACCACAGGACCCAUGGCCAUGUUGUGCCAUGUAA